CGCUGCGCUAUGACAACUACAUACAUAACCUCAAAAAUUAAUAGUACACAAACUAAAAGUAUAACAAAAAUAAAGUUAAAAAAGUGCCUUAAAGUUUACAAAAUACGAAAUGAGUGCAUCCCAACGACACCCCAAUCAAAAUGAAAUUGAUAAAUGUUUGCAAGAUGCGGGGGUUUCUGAUGAUCUCAGUUUUCAAGAGAAAAUAGAAUUUUACAACGCCAUAAAAGUUUCGGAAAGUUUCACUAAAGAAACUUCAGCUUCUUAUGAAGUUGAAUCAGACAAUAACGUAGAAAACGAAAAUGAAGAUAAUGAUUUUUUCUUUUCCGUCAACACCCUUCGCCGAAAUAAAAACAAUAGACAAAAAACACCACAAACAACUACCACAAACGAUACGAAGCAAUGUUACAUUACUGAAGACACAGUGGACGAAAGACAAACGAAAGAAAAAGAAAACGAAGAUCCGGAAUGGCAACCAUCAACUGGCAGUAGCCGUCAAAAUAAGAAUUUAAAACGUAAAUUGGCAAAUACUUCCCAACUUGAUAAUGCCAAACGUAAAGCAAACGAUAAUUCCCAAAAAGAUAUCAACAUAUUCGAUUGCACCUCGCAACACUCUUCUCUUACGCGGAUAAGAACUCCCCUAAUCUACGAAAAACCAUUCUUAUAUAGUAAAAAAUUAGAUAGAAUGAAUUUCAGCGAUAGACUAAAGGCCAUUUAUAAUCACCAUUUUUUCCUUACCCAAAAGUAUAAACAGGCAUUACAAAAAUCACGAUUUUUUAUCAAUUGGGGGACGCCUGUCUUACCUAGCCACAAUUUUAACGGUAGUAUAAAUAUCUUGGGAACUUCUUUCAAUGACGAUGACGAAGUAAAUUUUCUUCUGAGUCAGAACGGCACACAUGUCGAGAGCGAUAACGACGCCGAUGAGAAAAAAUCGGACACGUCAAAGAGCGUUUCCCCAUCAAUUGGAGUACAACACGCCAAUAGAAUCCGUAUGGAAAACGGUAGAAGAAAAAACUCAAGCCCUAUUUCAGUCCGCAAUCUUCAGAGUGCCGAAACUAAAAUUGACAGUUACGAAAAAGGAGAAUCAAGGACUGAAAACUUAUCUCCGGAUAUUCUCAAAGAUUGUUUAUUUACAUCCAUGUCAAUAAACAGAGAAGGUUCCGGAAAUUUAACAAGAUCCGAAGUGUUGUUCAAUAAUCUUGUAAUGGAUGAUCAGAAAAAAAUGAAAAAUAAACUGGAAGUGGAUAGCAUGCAAACAUUAACCGUUCUCAGUGAUGAAGAAAAUAGCGAUUUUGUGAGUGAUAAAAACAGUAAUUUGAUUAUGAGGACAGACGAUGAUGCGUUUAUCGUAAAAGAAACACAAAAAGAUGUAAAUACUUGUUUGAGAAGAAGAAUAGUGCCUCCAAAUCCGAUGUCCAAAAAAAAGAAUGUAGGGCCCAGUAAAAAAGUUUCAGAAAAGAAUCAAAACAAACCAUCCCUUAAAAGGUCGACACGGCAAACAGACGAGGAUCAAAAAAUUGGUACAAUUUCGCAAGUUAUACCAGAAAAAAAUAAAGAAAAAUGUCCCAUUUGCCAUCAAAAAUUUUCAGCGGAAUUAAUUCAGGGACACGCCGAACUUUGCAUCGAAAGUGUAGAGAGCGACGACGAGAUUGAAUUAGAUGCAUUUACUGGUACAAUAAGGUGCGAAAUUUGUGAUAAAAUUUUUAAGUUUAACACAGACUACGAAAUUCACGUGAAUCAAUGCAUACAAAUGUGUAAAUAACAAUAACAACAUAAAAUAAAUAAUUAAUAAGUAAUAGUAAAACCUAUUUGAUAUGUCUAUCUAUUUUUGUACAUUCACAACCCUUGAAACGUAAACUGUUAACAACAAACUUAUAUUACUAAGAAAAAGGUAAUUAUUUCAAAUUUACUUUUACGUUUGCAGUAUUAGGGUUUGUAUUAUUUUUGUUAUUACUUAGUGGCAGAUCUCUGGAACUGUUUUUUUUUUGUUAGGAUAAGUAAAAUUGCUCAUAAUUCAUACUAUAAUAUACUUAUUCAUAUUCUAGUCUCUGUAAGGUUUAAAAACCACAAUUUGAUACAAAUUUGUUUCUGAUACUUACGUCUGCGUAUAUUGUUUUGAACCUUAUUUAAGUCAAUAUAUUUGUACCACUAAAAUUAUUGGUUAUUAGUAUUAAGUGUUGAUGAAAACCGAAAUUGGACUUUUUUGUUAAUGAUAUACCUACCUAAACUCAAUA